UUUUCUUUGAUUUCCCGCGACUUUUCAGGUAACAAAAGCAUGAGUUAGUGACUCAGAGCAACUAGAAAAUUUUGUCUGCCGGCAUUUUAUCAAUGAACAUUGGGAAUGGUUUUACGGUUACAUAGAUACUAACAAACAAAGUAUUAAUUUGUGCCUGUUUCUAAACUAGUUUAAAAUGUUUUGUGAUUUUAUUUGAUAUGAAGUUGUUAAUUUGAUCUCAAUUGAUAAAUUGACAAUGAAACCCAACCAAACUAAUUCUGAAGUCUCAACAAAUACGGAAGAUUCAGGAGACGAUGUGGAUGAAACUUCAAGUGUGGGAAGUGGGACUACCGACAACACAUCUUCAAGAAGUGAAACUCCAACAAACAAAGGGAGGAAAGGGCGGAGGGGAAGGCAAAAAGUUGUUAACAAGACAUCAAAGUUCGGCUAUAAAUUUACAUGCAGCGUGAAAGAAGAUCAUGCACAGCCUCUUUUUGGAGUUCAGUUUAACCAUUUGCUGAAGGAGGGCCAGCCCAUGAUAUUUGCUUGUGUCGGCAGCAACAGAGUGUCCAUCUACGAGUGCCCUGAGGACAGUGGAAUACUCUUCCUGCAGUGUUACUCUGAUCCUGAUGUUGAUGAAAACUUUUACACUUGUGCCUGGUCUCAAGAGGAAGACACUGGGAGACCCCUGCUGGCUGUCGCAGGCUCCAGAGGUAUCAUCAGAAUCUUGUACCCCGCCAAUAUGCAGUGUAUCAGGCAUUAUAUCGGUCAUGGACAUGCAAUAAAUGAGCUGAAGUUCCAUCCUCAGGACCCAAACUUGCUGUUGUCAGUGUCCAAGGAUCACACCCUGCGGCUGUGGAAUAUCAAAACUGACGUGUGCAUAGCAAUAUUUGGUGGAGUGGAGGGCCACAGGGACGAAGUGCUCAGUGCGGACUUUGACUUGCUUGGAAAGCGGAUAAUGUCUUGUGGGAUGGACCAUUCUCUGAAACUGUGGAAGUUGGACAAAGAUCACAUCCAGGAUGCAAUUCGUGCAUCUUAUGAUUUUAAUGCGAGCCGAAGUGCAAGACCCUUUGACACUUUAAAAGAGCAUUUUCCUGAUUUUUCUACAAGAGACAUACACAGAAAUUAUGUAGACUGCGUGCGGUGGUAUGGUGAUUUUGUGCUCUCCAAGUCAUGUGAAAACUGUAUAGUCUGCUGGAAGCCGGGGCGUUUGGAAGAUGAAGAGCUUCGUAGUAAUGAUUCAAACAUUUCCAUCAUUCAUCGAUUUGAAUACAAAGAAUGUGAAAUUUGGUUUGUCCGAUUUGCGAUGGAUUUCUGGCAAAAAUUGGUAGCCCUGGGAAACCAGGUGGGACGCACAUUCGUGUGGGAGCUGAAGGUAUCGGACCCUGCACAAGCCCGGUUCACCACACUGUCACACCCACGCUGCCUCUCUGCUGUCAGGCAGACCAGCUUGAGUCGAGACGGCUCCGUCCUGCUCUGUGUGUGCGAUGACGGCACCAUCUGGCGCUGGGAUAAACUCACUAGCUGAGCAGUGAGCUGUAGUUAUUGCUUUAUUUCAUAGACUGCAAGUUUUUAUUCUUUUGUUUUAUAGAUUGUAAGUUUUUAAUAAAUUUUUUACAAAUUGUA